ACACCGCCCACUAUGGACCAGUUCCCCAAGCUGGAGCCCCUGCUCGAGCAGGAGGGAGAGUCUUCCCCCCCCGGUGCGAACACCCUCGAGGAAGGUGCGAUGACCCACGAGCAGCGCAGCGCGCUCCAGAUUGCGCGCGCGCGCGCGCUGUGCGAGCUGGAGGAACUAGACAUGGCGCCAUGCGAGGAGCGGGACCAGAAGGCGCGCAAGGACCUGCUCAUGUCCGAGUGCAGAAGGUGGUGGCACGCACUGCUGGACAAGGACAAGUGGAUCCGGGACCAGGAUCAAGGCCUUGUUGAUAGAGUCGUCGCCGCCAUCCAAUGCCGCUUCCCCGAGCAGUCCAUCCCGUCGAUCCGUGCAAUAAUUGCGCGCUCAAUGCGCAAGGCCCGCGAAAAGACCAAGAUUGCGACAACCAAGGCGGGCACCCCCCUCCAGACGCCCGAAGAAGACCUCCCCCUGUCCUCAUUUAAGGCCAUGUAUGGGCGCAGCACACCCCCCCUGGGAACUCUAGAGCUUCCCCACAACGCCUCCCCGAUGGUCGACUUCGUGCGCACGGCUAAGCUUCCCCAAAUGAGCGACAGCGCGACGAGCUCCGACGGCGGAAAGGCGACCGCCGAGGGGGGGCGGAAACGCCCCGCGGAGGAGACCCCCUGGACGAAGAAAGUGCGGGUGCGCAACGAGCAUCGGAGCCCCCCGGCCUCGGGGUUGACGUCAGACAGCGACGAAGCGGUCCCGGGGGCUCUUCCCGGGCACGUAAAGAUGCCGUUUGACAUUCCCCCCGCCCCUCGCUUCAAGGGCGGCCCCGCCGUCUCCGCGAGGCUGAGCUACCCCCCCUCAACGAGCUACGCGACCCCGAGCACUCAAACCGACCUCUGGACGCCAGCCAAAAGUGGUCGGCAGGAGGCAGCGGACGACUUUAUGGUCAGGGCUGCGACGGCGACGCCCCCCCGGACGACAGGGCACAAUGGAGCUGGCUAUGGAAUGGCGGAUGACGUCAAGGACCGCAUGCGCGCCCUCGAGCUGCGGGUCGCUCAGCUUCAGGCGCAGCAGUCCACUUGGCAGGCGGAGAAGUUGGCCCUCGAGUGGCACGUCCAGAAACUAGAGGGGGGAGAGAUGCGCGCGCGAGAAGCGCUCGCGCAGUUCCAGGCGCGGGCCGAGGGGCUCGAGCGGGAGCUGCACAUGAAGGCGCUCGCGAAUGCGGACCUGGAGCGCCAGGUCCGGACACUCGCGUACGCUCUCCGGGGGUCCGCCGUCGAACUAGACUGCGCGCCCGCCGCCCCCGCCUCCCUGUUUCACGACUACUCGCAACAAAGGGAGCAACAGAAGCUGCUCCCCGCUCUGCUCUUGGCGUACCAGAAAAUGAUGCAGGGGGGACACGUGUCAACCGCCCACAUGCCCCAGAUCGAAGGCGAGGAUCAGACACGGCCGUGAAAGAAGAAAGCGGGUUUCAUGGAAUCAGAGGUGUUGAUCCACGUGGCAGCAUGUGGUUGGGGUCCGUGAAGUAAGAGAGCGGGUUUUGUGGAAUAAAAGGUGUCAGUCCACGUGGCAGCAUCUGGUUGGGGUUAGUGUAGGGCGGGCCUGGCCGGUUUGCCAAAGAAACUGCGUGCUGCAGUAGAAUUUCUGCGGCAGCUGAAAGUUUGGAACUUCCAGGACGGAGCUGUACUGCGAAAGCGGACUAAAGCUAGGUACGUCGAGCCAGAACGGAAUCCGCUGGCGGAUUGAGGACUUCGCAAGCAGAAGUGUUUGAUUAAACCGCCGAUCAGAAUCUUGUACAACGUUUCCGCAGGUCAAACACCUUCUUAGUCAGUUUUCAUCGGGCAAUUUUUGAGCACGUUGCGAACCCUGUACUAUUCAAUGUAUAAGCAGAGACUGCGCAAGAGCAGGGAUCAAAUUAGAAGCUUAGUGCAUAUGUAGGGUGCGGAGGAGUUAGGUGACUUUGGCAAUAUCAAGGUAGAAUGUUUUUAUAGGCAGGCUGGGGCCCGGACGUUUGCUCGCAAUCUUAUUCUGCCAGGCGUAAAGCUCGGUAAUAAUAC